AUGGCCCAGCCUGGACCCCGCGCCUUGCGGGCUGCGCUCUGCGGCGGCUGCUGCUGCCUCUUGCUGUGUGCGCAGCUCUCCGUGGCUGGUAAAGGCGCUCCUGGCUUUGGGCGGGGAGCCCUGAUCCGCCUCAACAUCUGGCCUGCUGUCCAAGGGGGCUGCCGGCAGCUGGAGCUCUGUGAGCGCUGUGUGGCGGGGGCGGGGGCGCACAACCUCUCAGGCUGCGUGUGGAGGCAGUGCGGCCCCGAGGAGCCAGGACACUGUGUGGCCCAAGCUGAGUCAGGCCGGGAAGGUUGCUCAGUCUACAAUCGCUCAGAGUCGUGUCCGGCUGCCCACCACCACCCCACCUAUGAACCAGAGACCGUGACAACAGGGAGCCCGCCAGGCCCUGAAGCCCACAGCCCUGGCUUUGAUGGGGCCAGCUUCAUCGGGGGCGUUGUGCUGGUGCUGAGCCUGCAGGUGGUGGCCUUCUUCAUGCUGCGCUUCCUCAAGGCCAAGGACAGCACUUACCAGACGCUGUGA